AUGUACCUCGUCACGUGGCCUCUUCGCGCGUACCUCGCGUGGAGCGCCCUCAGCGCCAUCUACUUUGCCGCCGUCCCGAUUGUCCUCGUUGCGACGUGGGUGCGGCCACUCAUUCCGCACGCCGACGUCUAUACGUCCUGCGCACUCGGCGGUCUCUGCGUCGUCAUCGCUGGCCUCGUCCGCGUCCGAAUGGCGAGCAAACUGGCGUCGCUCGCGCCACUGCUUCUCGUGCUAUUGGCUGCGUUUGCCCUUUUUGGCGCCAUCUUCAUCCUCGCCUUCUCGGAAUUCUACUGGCUCCAGGCCGUGUCCUCCCGGCGCGCCGCCCUUGAAGAGGUCGAAGCCGGCAUCGUCAAUGCAUACUACUACGACCGCGGGUACCUCGCCGACACCAACUCGGACUGUUCCAUGCGACCGUGGGACAGCCGCGAUGAGCAGCUCGCGGCCUUUGAAGAUACGUACUGCGCCAAGCAGGGCAAGGCGUACUGCAACGCCUUUCCCCUGCGCAAGACGCUCGUCCAGCCUCUGAUUUUCGACAACAAGACCGAGCACGAGCGCAUCGCCGCGCUGCUCCAGACAUCGUCGUUCCUUGGCGUCGCCAUUGACGAUCACAUGACGCUCUCCCAGUUUUGCGCGACGGUCGCCCCCAGCGUGCUGACGAGCGAGCCAUCUCUGGACGUGGCGUGUGACGGGUGCCGCGCCCUCGUCGCCGCGCCCGAGGAUACCUCGAGCUUCGGUAGCUGGGUCCAAGAGCACUGUCCGUUGACGACAGUCGACCCAAUGGCGAGCUACUGCAUCAUGAGCGCCAGCGCCAAGCUAUACCCGUACCUCUUGGCAUACCCCGAGGCCAAGCGCUGCCGCCGCGAGAUUCUGCGCCUCUACAAGGCCAACCGCGCCCUUAUUUGCUUUGACGAAAAGUUUGAUGCGUUGCCCAAGCCCUACACGGAUGCGAUGGCGUACCCCGCAGUCGUCCUCGCAGGACUAGCCUUUGCGCUCUUUUUCUGGGUCUCGGUCGCACAGAUGAAGCGCAAUGCGAUCAAUGCCGACGACGAGCUCAUGCUGGAGGCCAUGCUGCAUGCGCGGCCGUCCCCGCAAUAG